UGGAGUAAAUGGCGUACGUUGGGCUGAGCGCUCUGGAUACAUGGCUCGUGAGGGAAUGGAGGGAGCGAGAGAGGGCUUGGAGAGAGGAGGAUCGGGCCUGGCGGGCGGAGGAUAUGGAGCUUCGGGCCGAGGAGAUCGAGGCCCGCGCCGAGGAGGCCGCGUUCCGGGAAGAAAUGCACAGGUGGAGGGAGGAGGAUAUGAAGCAGCGGAGAAUCGAGAAUUCGCGAUACGUGUGGUCAAGAUUUUCAGAGCUAAACAGGCGAGAUGUGGAAGAAAAAUCUGAGCAUUUGCGAUCGUUGAGCUGGAUCACUGGACUGGUGACGAGCUUCACCAUGACGGCCCCGGUCGAGUUCAACACACCAAAAUCCAUCCGUGCGGGACGCUUGAUGCCUUACGCGAUCUGUACAGCCAUCGUUCCAACUUUGAUGACAACUUCGACGAUUAUUUGCGUCUAUCUCCUCGGAUGCAUUCUCCGGAUGGGAAAGUCGUUUGUUUCCGAGCAUGCCGAGGAAGAAUUCAUGGCCCUGUGCCAUUCCUAUGCUGAAUCGGCUGCUCCGUCGCAACCCCCUCCCGUUCCCUCCCGGACGUUUCAAAACUUCUGGGCGGCCAGGUGCAAAGACUACUGGAACACUGCGUUCUCUCUCUUCUUCUGGGGUGUGUCAUUCUUUCUCGCAUUGCUGUGCACUAUGGGGUUUAUCAAGUUCUCAGAUGACCGAGUAGCACUUUCAUUCACCACAGUCAUUGGCAUCUCGUUUGUCGCAUGGCUAGGAAUACAAGUGAAGUGGGGCUACUAUCUCAAGAAGGAGCACGAAAGCCUGAACGAGCCCGUUAGCAGUCAUCCAGUUCCUAAGGUUUUAGCUCCGGAUGACCCGUAUAGAUGGCAUUUGAGGCCCUCGCCGGAUUGGCAGGCUCCAGUGAGCAGCGUCACUCCAGUCCUCGAAGAAGCCAUUGCCAUUGUCUGAAAACCAGGUUCUCUCUCUCGAUAUUUAUUUUCUUCUCACACUUCUUUCGAGGAUCCAUUGAUAAAGUCGAUUUGUACAUCUUGGGAACCGGGUCGAUUAUCUAACCUUCGUCAACUGUCGAGUUUUAUGCCUUAGUGUCUAUUUCGAAACAACGAUAGCACACAAACAUCGAAUCCAGAUUGAUAAAAAUAAAAUAAAAAAAAGCAUAUGUAUU